UUUCCUUUUCAUUUCAUUCAUUCUCUGCCUCACACGGUGUGCGUGCGGUAGUGAGUAGUGAGUUGAUUUCCAUCGAUUUAAAGCACAACAAGUACUUAUUUUGAAUUUGUCAAAAUGGAUAAAGCGCCAGUCUCCGCGGAGAAAGAUAUUUUUGAUAAAGUGUCUUCCAAUGAUAUUAAUGGUAUUCAAAGUAUGUUUGCGGAUUUAAAACUGCCUUCAGUAGACUUUACAGAUGAGAAUGGAAUGACUCCUCUUCAGCAUGCUUGUUACAAGGGAAACAAGGAAAUAGCUCAAAUGUUAUUGGAUCAGGGUGCGGAUGUCAAUAGCAGUAAACACGAACAUCAGUAUACUGCACUUCACUUUGCCGCUCUCUCCAGCAAUGCAGAUUUAUGUCAACUGCUUCUCACUGCAGGAGCCAAAUCUCAUGCCACUAACUCAGUUGGACGCACACCUGCGCAGAUGGCUGCUUUUGUGGGCAAUCACGCAUGUGUUAGUGUGAUCAAUAAUUUUGUACCACGAGCUUCCAUUGACUAUUACACUGUACCGCAAGGCUUGGAGAAAGAGCCUCGUCUUCCGCCAUUUCUUGCUGCCCCUUUACAUAAGUUUGUCAUGCAGGUCAACAUGCAUCCAGUACGUGUUGCUUUAAAUUUACAUGGACCCCUAUUAGACCACUUAGACAAAGUAAAGAAAAUUUUGGAACUCAUGCGUGAUCGUGAAGCACGCCAGGGAGCUGAGACAAAUGAAAUUGUGACCUUCAAGUUCCAUUACCUCUCAUAUAUCACAACUGAAAUUUAUCAAAUUCAACAAAGACAAAACCAGCAGCAACAAACACAAAUGAAAUUAAAAGAGAAAGACGAUAAAGUAGAUGAGAAGGACAGAAAAUGGGACCCAAUAGAACUUUUCAUUAAAAAUAUGUUGAAACCAGCUCAACCUGGGAAACCUCACACCACAGAGCUACAAGAGCGCUUACUCAGGGAAUGUGUGAGGGAGUAUCCAUACCGGGAAAGCAAUCUUUUGCGACAAAUGGUAACAAAUUUAGCUAUGUCUGAUUCUGCUGCAGCAUUAGCUGUUAUUUCAGCUGCCAUAAAUGGUCAAAGAGCCUUCUCUGAUGGUACUGCCUCUGCUUGUUCAACUUGUGGAGAAGAAAAGGCUCCUAAGAAAUGUUCAAAAUGUAAAGCUGUACAGUAUUGUGACAGAGAGUGCCAACGUCUCCAUUGGUUUUUACAUAAGAAAGCUUGUGCCAGACUUGGCUCUACAAAUGUGUCUGUGGGAAAUAAUGGAAUGAAUGGUGCUUUUCCUGAUGGAAGUAAUGGGCAAAUAGAUUUGACCAGUGCACCCUAGUCAAAUGUACUAUCUGCCAGGCAGCCCUUUUGCUGCAAUUGGCUGAGGAUCUUGUGUUAAAUAUUGUUUUUCAUAUAUGGAAUGGAAUGUUUUAAAAUCAAUUUUAUUUUGUCAAAUAUCUUAAUUUUGUUGAUUUGAUUCAAAUGAAGAGGGUGCAUAACAAGUACUCUUUUGUGCCCUUGUCAUCAACUGCUCUAACAUUAUAGGUGUUACUUGUGGAUUUGUUUUCUGUGUGACGUUAUUGUAUAAAAUGUGUUAAAAAUGUUGCAAUAUGAUGCUGUUUCUGAGUUGGAUGUAAAAAUUUCUUAGUAUUAAAUUGCACCAAUGUA